AUCCUCGCUUCCUGCCGAGAGUUCAGAAAUGUGAGUAUCGACAUCUCAUGGGUUCCGCUGUGGAAAUGGCCUCUCGUCUAGUCACCUACCUUUAACUGCCAAAUGAGCUGCUGUUUUUUGGAGUCGGACGAAAGAAGAUAACCCCGUCUUAGCCACUACCCGGGAUAAUUGGGAAGUUUGUUACGGUAAUUCGAGGAGUGACUUGGCAGAACAACAACAAUGCCACAUUUCCUGUGGCCAGAACCGCUUUCACCUGCACAACUCAAGCGGUUGGAGGAGCAUAAAUACAGCGCCUCCGGUCGGUCCCUGUGUGAGCCACCGUGUCAAAUCUACUGGAACUGGCUCGUCCAGCAAACUCCGAUAUGGAUCGCACCAAACACUCUGACUAUUGUUGGACUGCUGGUCAAUAUCCUCACCACGGUGGUGCUUGUGUAUUAUUGUCCCACUGCAACAGAGGAGGCUCCAGCAUGGGCCUUCCUCAUGAGUGCUCUGGGUCUGUUCAUCUACCAAUCUCUGGACGCCAUUGAUGGGAAGCAGGCCAGGAGGACCAACAGCAGCUCAGCCCUGGGGGAGCUCUUUGACCACGGCUGCGAUGCCGUCUCCACAGUCUUCGUUGCUGUGGGAACAUGCAUUUCAUGUGGAAUAGGAAGACACCCGGACUGGAUUUUCUUCUGUGGUUUUAUCGGAAUGUUCAUGUUCUUCUGCGCCCACUGGCAGACCUACGUGUCCGGGACUCUCCGCUUUGGCCGGAUUGACGUCACAGAGGUGCAGGUCGCCAUCACGAUCAUGUAUGUGAUGUCAGCUUUCGGAGGCGUGAGCCUUUGGCAAAGCACGUUGCCCGUCCUUGGACUGAAGCUGUACGUCUUCCCUAUCAUUGGCAUCAUCGGCGGGGCCCUCUACUCCUGCUACAACUACUUCUAUGUCAUUUUGAACGGAGGCGUCGGAAAAAAUGGUUCAACUGUGGCUGACACCAGUGUGCUGAGUCCUGGUUUGCACGUCGGCCUCAUCCUCACCUUGGCCUUCAUCAUCUUCAAGAAGUCGUCGAGCCAGCUGUUUGAGCGCCACCCCUGUCUGUACCUGCUCACCUUUGGCAUGGUCAUGGCAAAGAUCUCCAACAAGCUCGUGAUCGCACACAUGACCAAGAGUGAGUUGCACCUCCCGGACACGGCCUUCAUAGGCCCCGGCCUCCUCUUCCUCAACCAGUACUUCAACAGCUUCAUUGAUGAGCACAUAGUCCUCUGGAUCGCCAUGGUCUUCUCUCUUCUGGAUCUAACCCGCUACUGUACAGGCGUGUGUCUCCAGAUCGCCUCCCACCUGCGCAUCCGAGUCUUCAGCAUCACGCCACCGAGCCACGACCACCGCGACUGAAGGCUUGCCCGGCGGGAGGAGGCGGGGGGGGACGCAGACCUCUCCCCGCUCCUGAAAGCAGACGAUGAAGAGGAGAGACUCUCCUCAACCCCGAGCCACUGCAGCCUUGACAAAGUGACCACUUCUGAUUAAAACUGCCUCUCCCACAAGAUGGAAAAAUACAAAAAAACAACAACAACAACUCAAAACUAUAAACCAAAAAAGAAAAAAAGUGUUGAAAAGCAUGGAUCUAUUGAAUUCCUCAUUGGCUGUUGUAGUCAAUACGUUUUAAUUUAGACAUCAUUGCAUGUUGUCGGAAAAUAGUUUAGAUUUUUACAUCUACUUCCAGCUUAUUCAACUACCAAAUACCAAAACGUUUUCUUCAACGGGUUCUUUAUAAUUUGGGCAAAUAUUUGAGCAUUUUUAUCUGCUUUAAAUUUACAGAUGUGUUUCCAACAUGUGGGAUUGUCAUAUAAUUAGGACACGUAAAUAUAUGACCAUCCUAUCUGUUCAGUAAGGUGAAUCUCUUUAAUAUGUGCCCAAGUUAAACCUGUUGAAAGUUCUCUUAAUCAUUUUGUUUUUAUUUAUUAAAUGAAUGUGACCCAAUCUGACAUGAAUCAGGGCUUAAAAAUGCAGAUGAAACAUUUUUAGAUGACCUUUAAAACCUCAAAUAAUUCCCAAUGAAUUUUGCAAUGUGGACUGGCAAGUUGUCAACGCGCGACGUGACGGGGUAACAGUCUGUGUUAGUGCUGAAAACGACGACUGGUUUUCUAUCAGGCUUCUCUUACAAAUAACUUUCUCUCAUUUAAGUUAUUCAGCUCAUCCUACAGUCCUGGAAAAUAAACACUUCAACUUUGGCUUUUUAGAGCGCCGUCGACUGAUGAAGCAUUAACACGUGACUUGUUCUGCUUUCUUUGUUCUUCUCCCUGAAGGGCUACUAGUUUAAUUAUUUGUGAUUGUACAGAAUUCUACUGAAAACGCCUUAAGUAUUUUUGUUGUAAUUACUGUUUAACUUGUGAAUAUUUAAAACAGCUUUGUAUGUUUUUUUUGUUUUCCACUACAGUUAUCAAACCAGAUGCAACAAUAGGAAUAAUACAAUGCUACUGGAAGUGUUCACUCAUAAUGUUCCUUUAUGUAUACAAAUGUAAAUUAUGUAAAGGUGAGCGAUUCAUUUGGUUCUUGAAGAUUGGUUGGUUUAUGAAUUGUCAUCUGACUAACUCAUUAUUCAGGUUUGUUUGGAUCAAAAAGGGAUAUUUCUGUAGUGCCGAUAAACUAUUAUAAGGGUAUAAGACAAUUGUACUCUUGAAUUUUAUUUGGAAACAUGAAAUGAUCUUCCUCUUAGUUAGGAAAUUGAAGAGUGGCAUGUCCUAAAAAGAUGAUUUUUUUGAUUGACAAUUGACUUUGGAACUAUGCAUUGACAUAUACAAACUUGAUUUCAACACCAUGUUGCGCUGUUCAAUAAUACAGUUACACACAUUUGUACUAACGGAUAACGUAUGAGUGGAAAAAAUUGUAAUAAAGAAAAUAUUUUUCA